AUGGGUAGCCCGGUGCACCGCGUGUCCUUGGGAGACAAGUGGAGCAGGCAAGAGCACCCUGACAUAAAAAGUGAGAGGCGUGUGCCGUCCUUCAACGUGGAACGACUCACCAACAUCCUUGACAGAGGUGCCCAGAACACUGCGAUCCGGAGGAAAGUCGAAAGCAUCAUCCACAAUGACCCAGUGUUUAGCCUUAAGAACAAUCAUUUCAUGACCCAGAAUGAGCAUUAUGAGACCGCCCUGCGGAAGAGAUACCACAUACAGAUGAUAGCACAGCGCCUGGGCUGGCCGGCAGAUGGUUGCGAAUUGGCCUAUGCUUUCAGGGCCCUUUCUGGAGAUGUGGCCUUAACUUUAAAUGGUGUCUUCAUGAAUGCGCUCAGGAGCCUUGGCUCAGAGGAACAGAUUGCUAAAUGGAUACCACUCUGUGAAAACUUCCAGAUCAUCACAACGUAUGCCCAGACAGAGCUGGGACACGGGUCAUAUCUUCAAGGCCUGGAGACUGAAGCCACCUAUGAUGCAGCCACCCAGGAGUUUGUGAUACACAGCCCCACCAUGACUGCCGCCAAGUGGUGGCCUGGGGACAUGGGCCGGUCGGCCACCCAUGCCCUGGUCUUGGCCCAGCUGAUCUGUUCGGGAGCCAGGCAGGGAAUGCACGCUUUUAUCGUGCCCAUCCGGAGCCUCCAGGACCACACCCCACUGCCAGGAAUCACUGUUGGGGAUAUUGGGCCCAAGAUGGACUUGGAAAAUGUAGACAAUGGCUUCCUGCUUCUAGACCACGUGCGGGUCCCCAGGGAGAACAUGCUGAGUCGCUUUGCACAGGUCUUGCCAGAUGGCACCUACGUCAAGUUUGGGACGGCACAGAGCAACUAUCUUGGCAUGGUGGUGACGCGAGUGCGCUUGCUGUUGACUACCAUCCUACCCUUACUGCAGAAGGCUUGUGUCAUCGCUGUGCGCUACUCAGUCGUCCGCCGCCAAUCCCGGCUCCGGCCCAGUGGCCCAGAGGCAAAAAUUCUGGACUACCAGACACAGCAGCAGAAACUCCUUCCUCAGCUGGCCACGAGUUACGCCUUCCACUUCACAGCGGUCAGCCUCUUGGAAUUCUUCCACCGUUCCUACGAUGAGAUUCUGCGCAAAGAUUUCAGCCUCCUUCCUGAGCUCCACGCACUGAGCACAGGCAUGAAGGCCAUGAUGUCUGAAUUGUGUACCCAGGGGGCCGAGCUGUGUCGCAGGGCCUGCGGGGGACACGGCUACUCAAAACUGAGUGGUUUGCCAUCAUUGGUCACCCAAGUGACAGCCUCCUGCACCUAUGAGGGUGAGAAUACAGUGCUCUACCUGCAAGUGGCCAGGUUUCUGGUAAAGAGCUACCCGCAAGCCAAGGUGUCCCCAGACUCUGCACCACAGAAGCCUCUACCUCAGUCUGUUGAAUAUCUUGCCAGGCCUGUCCUGGCCCGUUGCCCAGCCCAGAAGGCAGCCGACUUCCUCUGCCCAGAGUUAUACACUGCAGCCUGGGCACACGCGGCCGCCAGGCUCAUAGAGGACUCGGUGCAUCAUCUACAGACCCUCACACAAUCUGGGGCUGACCAGCAGGAGGCUUGGAACCAGACUUCUGUCAUGCACCUCCAGGCUGCUAAGGCACACUGCUACUAUAUCACUGUGAAGAGUUUCACGGACGCUCUGGAGAAACUAGACAAGGAACCAGCAAUUCAGCAAGUGCUCCAACGCCUCUGUGAUCUCUUUGCUUUACACGGUAUCUUGACAAACUCAGGUGACUUUCUCCACGAUGGCUUUCUGUCUGGGGCCCAAGUAGACAUGGCAAGAAAAGCUUACCUGGACCUACUCCUCCUGAUCAGGAAGGAUGCUAUCUUGUUAACUGAUGCAUUUGACUUCACCGACCAGUGUUUGAAUUCAGCACUUGGCUGUUAUGAUGGAAAUGUCUAUGGACGUCUGUUCCAGUGGGCUCGGGAGUCACCAAGCAAUGCUCAGGAGAACCCUGCCUAUGAAAAAUACAUCCGACCACUAUUACAAAGUUGGAGAUCCAAGCUAUGAAAUAACCAACAGUAAUCAAGGAGCAAGCAGCACUACAAUGGUUCUAUAGCAUAUAUUGGCAAAAUUAAAAUUGAUAUACAUA